GGAGAGAGAGGGAGAGAUGGGGACAGAGAUUGGAGGAGACUAGCUCGAGCUUGAGGUCUGGACAGUGACCCACCCCAGCGAGAAUAUUUGAAGGUGGCGCCCUGCGCCUGCAUGUGUGUGUAUGUGUGCUCCAGUCUCAGACAGUGAGACUGGAGAUAUAGCUCUAGAGAGAGACUAGAGAGGGAGAGAGGCCUUGUUUCUCCUGUCUCCCCCCCUCUUUCUCCUCCAUCCCCUCCUCUAUCUUUUGUCCCAGAGCUGAUGGCAUUCCUUGUGGAGAGGGGCAGUGGUGGUGGUGGUGAGACGGUGGUGUCCAAGGCCAUGGAGAUGGAGAUGAUGAGCUCGCACGCCAAGCCGGUGGUGCCGGCGCCCUUCCUGACCAAGACCUUCCAGCUGGUGGACGACCCCCGCACUGACCACGUCGUGUCGUGGGGGGAGGACGGCUCCACCUUCGUGGUGUGGCGGCCGCCGGAGUUCGCCAGGGACCUCCUCCCCAACUACUUCAAGCACAACAACUUCUCCAGCUUCGUCAGGCAGCUCAACACCUACGGGUUCAGGAAGAUCGUGGCAGACAGGUGGGAGUUCGCCAACGAGUUCUUCAAGAAGGGCGCCAAGCACCUCCUCUCGGAGAUCCACCGGAGGAAGUCCUCGUCGUGCUCGCAGCCGCCGCAACAGCCAUUCCCUCCGCACCAGCCUUACCUCAGCCUCUUUUCGCCGCCGCCGCCGCCGCAUCCGCCCCCGUCGGCGUACCGCGUCCGGGAGGAGGAUCACCACGGCGGCGGCAAGGACUUCCUUGCGACGCUGUCGGAGGACAACCGGGAGCUCCGGCGGCGCAACUCGCUGCUGCUGUCAGAGCUGGCGCACAUGAGGCGGCUCUACAACGACAUCAUCUACUUCCUGCAGAACCACGUGGAGCCUGUGGCACCGCCGCCGCCACCGGCGGCCACCGGCUGCAGGCUCGUGGAGCUCGGCUCUGGUGACACCUGGCCACCGACGACGCGGAGGCCGCGCGGCGACGACGACGACGACGAGGCGCCGGUGAAGCUGUUUGGCGUGCGGCUGAACGACGGCAAGAAGAGGAAGGCGCAGGCGGCCGUGCUGCUGGAAGAAGAAGACGAUGACGAUGAUCGGUGUGAUGGCGAUGGUGACCACAUCAAUGGACAUGGCGAUGGCGAUGACCAGGGAAGCGAGACGUAUUAGGUGGCUGUUGCGCGUAGCACGUAGACUGUUUUGUAGAUAUAGAUGAUGGUAGUACGUACGCUGCUGCAGGCUAGCUAGCUAGGUAGGCAUCCAUUUUAUGUGAGUUGAUUGGAACCUUGCUUGAGAGGAAUCAUUGCCCUUUUUACCUUAA